UGAAAAUAUUACUGUAGAUCGGCAACUGGCGAAAUGAAUGCAUUAAGAAAGCAUGCGUCGAAUCUCGGAGAACAGAUCGCGGUCUCAUAUCCUCAACCGUUUGAUGGAUUUGUAUUGCAAAUCGUCCAAUCUUGUAUACGCACGUCAACUGUUCGAUGAAAUUGCAGAACCAUAUAUUAUUGCCAAAACAACCUUUAUUAGUGCAUAUUCCGCUUCUGGAAAUCUAAAGUUGGCAAGAGAAAUAUUUAAUAGCACUCCUUUGAAUACUCGAGAUACAGUUUGCUACAAUGCCAUGAUAACAGGCUGUGCUCAUAAUGACGAUGGUAACGCUGCUAUCGAGCUCUUUCGUGACAUGAAAAAGAAACAAUUUUCAGUCAGAUAA